AUGUUGAAGGGGAAACAUUACAGAGGAAUCCACGACAGGUAUAAAUUAGUCCCAGUAUCCGUUCUCCGUCACCGUCUUCGCUCAGUUUCACCUGAAAAUCUUGGAUUACUCAUUCAUGGGACGCUUUGGCAGCAUUACUGUAAAGGAAUUCAAGGUUUUAUGAGCAGUCGGGCUGUCAGAUUACAAUGGAGACGACUGCAUCAUGCCAGGUUUUCAAAUUUUACACACAUUGAAUUGAAAUCGGAACUAGCACUGAGUAUUUUCAUUUCUACGCUAUUUUUAGAUAUCGCUGGGUCGGUGCAUGAAUAUCCUUCGAUUUGA